UUUUGUAUUUAAACGUUGGAAGGGUUAUAAUAUUGCCAAUGAGAAGCCCAGAUUAUUCUUCAUCAGCAUGGUUACCUGGUAAUGAACCAUUGUGGCAGGCCACUACUGUUCCAUCCAACCAUCGAAAUAACCAUAUCAGGAGACACAGUAUAGCUUCUGACAGUGGUGACACUGGCAUUGGAACUUCCUGUUCUGACAGCGUGGAAGAUCACUCAACUUCAAGUGGCACAUUAUCUUUUAAGCCUAGUCGGUCAUUGGUUACUCUCCCUACUGCCCAUGUCAUGCCGUCUAACUCCAGCGCUUCAGUUUCCAAACACAGAGAAUCAUUGACAUCAGAUGGCUCAAAAUGGAGUGCAAGCCUCCUGCAAACAUUGGGAAACCACGGUAGGGGGGAGCAGGACUCUUCACUAGAUAUGAAGGACUUCCGACCCCUCCGGAAAUGGUCAUCCUUAUCCAAACUCACUGUCCCCGAUAACUGCAGCCCGGGUGGCAUUGCACCCACUGAAGAGUCAAGGAGUGGUUCGGAAAAGACAGGGAUAGGCAAGGCUUUAACAUCACAAUUAAGGACAAUUGGGCCUAGCUGCUUACAUGAUAGUAUGGAGAUGCUUAAGUUAGAGGACAAGGAAAUACAUAAAAAACGAUCAUCAACUCUGGACUGCAAAUAUAAAUUUGAGAGCUGUAGCAAAGAGGACUUUAGAGCUUCUUCCUCCACUCUUAGGAGACAGACCUUAGACAUGACAUAUAGUGCCUUACCUGAAAGCAAGCCCAAUAUGACAAGCUCAGAGGCUUUUGAACCUCUGAAAUAUUUAAUGCUUGGUCAACAGGCAGUAGGUUCAGUUCCCAUUCAGCCUUCUGUGAGGACACAGAUGUGGCUGACAGAGCAGUUGCGGACAAACCCUUUGGAAGGUAGAACUACAGAGGACUCUUACAGUUUAGCUCCUUGGCAACAGCAGCAAAUUGAAGAGUUUGGACAAGAAAGUGAAACACCAAUGCAGGUUUUGACUGGAUCGUCUCGUCAAAGUUAUUCACCUUCUGGCUAUCAGGAUUUCACGAAGUGGGAAUCAAUGCUGAAAAUAAAAGAAGGACUACUAAGGCAGAAAGAAAUUGUAAUUGACCGGCAGAAGCAACAAAUUACCCACCUACACGAGAGGAUAAGGGAUAAUGAAUUACGGGCACAACAUGCCAUAUUAGGACACUAUGUAAAUUGUGAAGAUUCUUAUAUGGCUAGUUUGCAGCCACAGUAUGAGAACACUUCACUCCAGCCUCCAUAUUCAGAUCAGUCAGUGUGCAAUUCCCAGCAAGAGGAACUGGAACAAAAGCUUGCGUCUACUGAAAAAGAGGUUUUACAGCUUAAUCAGUUUCUCAAACAAAGAAUCAGCCAAUUUAGUGAAGAGAAGAAGAAAUUGGAGGAAAAGCUUAAAACCAGAGAUAGAUACAUCAAUAGUCUGAAAAAGAGGUGCCAGAAGGAAUCUGAACAAAACAAAGAAAAGCAGAGAAGAAUUGAGACCUUGGAAAAGUAUCUGGCUGAUCUUCCAACUCUAGAUGAUGUACAGAGUCAGAGUCUACAGCUGCAGGUUCUAGAAGAAAAAAAUAAGAAUUUGCAAGAGACUCUGAUAGAUAUGGAAAACCAGGUUGAAGAGAUCAAAAAACAGUGUCAGGAGAAAGAGGCACAGUUAAUAUGCCAGAAAAAGAAAGAAAAGGAGUUGGUAACUACAGUUCAAAGCUUGCAGCAGAAAGUAGAAAGAUGCCUUGAAGAUGGCAUCCGCCUUCCUAUGUUAGAUGCAAAGCAGCUUCAGAAUGAAAAUGACAACCUGAGAGAACAAAAUGAGAAUGCUAGUAAGAUAAUAGACAGCCAACAAGAUGAGAUUGACAGAAUGAUGUUAGAAAUUCAGUCUAUGCAAGGGAAACUUUCAAAAGAAAAACUGACAACUCAAAAGAUGAUGGAAGAGCUGGAAAAGAAAGAAAGAAACCUACAGAGAUUAACAAAAACAUUAUUUGAUAACCAAAGACAAACAGAAGACACAAGCUCUUUAUUGGAUCAGGGCCACGAAGCAGACCAAUCCAGGCAGCAGGCAGUGCUUUCUAAACGGCCAUUAUUUGAUUUGAGUGUGAUUGAUCAGCUGUUCAAGGAAAUGUCCUAUUGUUUGUUUGACUUGAAGGCGUUGUGUAGUAUUCUUAAUCAGCGCGCUCAGGGCAAGGAGCCUAAUCUUUCAUUACUACUGGGAAUCAGAUCACUGAACUGUUCAGCUGAAGAGACUGAGAACGACCACAGUCCAGAAACACUCUCUAAAAAACUGUCAGAUGUAUGCCAGUUACGGAGGGACAUAGAUGAAUUAAGGACUACAAUAUCAGACCGCUAUGCUCAGGACAUGGGAGACAACUGCAUUACCCAGUGAUUGAGUGUCGGUCCCACAGCAAUAAUGACCCAUGUGAAAUGCUGCUGUGUUAUAGUUCCUCGUAUUCCUUUUUAGGAGCCAUAUUGGAAAGUUGCAAGUGACGCAUGACUUGCACUUAGGAUUUGUGUGUGUGUGUGUGUGUGUGUGUGUGUGUGUGUGUGUGUGUGUGUGUGUGUGUGUAUUUGUUUUUUGGGAGAUGGGGGAAGGAGACAAUGAGUCAGUCUUGAAAGGGCUUAUCUAAUCAGGACAAAAGUCAAAUUACCAUUUGAAAAUGUGAUAAAGGGUAUAAGAAAAAAAAAUUCUGUAUUCUCAAACUACUGAUUGUAGGACCAAGCUGUGAACAGUGCCCUUCAGAUACAGGGGAUAGGAUUUUGUUUUAUCCUGUGUGAUUUUGUGAGUGUGUGUGCACGCAUGUACGUGUGCGCGCACGUGUACGUGUGUGCACGCACACGUGUGUGUAUGUUCACAAAAUUAUGAUUUCUAGGGUCAAAGCAAAGCUUCUGAGAAAGGCACACACUGUUCUUGUAUUUUCUUUUCAUGUAGAAGCUUGUGUUGUAUUUUAGGGUUUUCAAAGGCUGGCUGAACAAGAGUCCCAAUAGCAGGCGAGUGUUCUACUAGCAGUACAAGAGGCAAAACCAUUGUAUUUUGAACAACUACUGUGCUGAGAUGAUGAGGUGGUGGGGUUGGGUCGAUUUUAGUACCAUAGAUACAAUACAUCAGCUAUUUUUCCGGGAGUGAUUGUGGAUUGCCUUAGAGGUGUGAAAUUUCGAUGUGAUGAUCUUUUUACUAGUAUAGUAAUUUAUAUAUUACAAGGCAGUUAACAUAAUUUGAACUAAUUUUAACAUGUCCCUUACCAUUUACAGUUUUUUACUUAUAUUUUAGAUAUAAGCACAUUGAGGAUGGGGCAUUUAAAUGUAUAGACACAAAUCUGCAUCACUGGUCCACAAUGUGUUAAUGUAAACAAAGCAAUAUAUAAUUAAUGCAAACCUUCUAAGGCCCCCUUUCAUUAUGGUAAAAGAAAGAUUAACAGAAUGACUCUGGAACAAUAGCUUAUUUAUCUAAAUCUCAAUGUUUACAUUGUAACAGUUUUGUAUCUUUUAAAAUUGAAGCUACUUUAGGAAAAAAACAAUCUGUUUUCUUUAUAUCUGAAUUAUCACUAACAUAAAACAAUCUAAAUCAGGUGACAUUUCAAUUCCUUUUAUUAGGUAAAGUACAUUGAAAACAGGGUUUUUGGUAGAUUCCAAACUUAAGUCAGGUUAGGUCUUACUGGGGUUGCAGGAUAUCACCAUGAAAUGCAACUGAGUUAUCAGUAGACGUGCAGUCAUUUAAACUUCCAAAUGAGCAUUUUCCUGUUUUCAUUGGUAUUUUGGAAGGACUAGAUAUUUUACUGCCUUCAGAGCAUUCAUUACAUUCUUGUGAAUAUACUUCAUUAUGGCAAAUACUGCCCUUUACAAAUUGGUUUGUUUUCUUGGUGCAACCAAGUCUCAUUCAAAUCAAGACUAAAUAAGAGGUAGAAGGAGCAAGGGGUGUGAAUCAAGCAGGAUAAUAUUGUUUGGGGCAACAACAUGUCUGUUUUCUCGUCAGGCUUAUAUACUGGUAUAAAGGCUGCUCUGAGAAAAGGUUUUUCUGAAAUAUUUUCAGCAGUGAAUUCGUGGGAUAAAGCAUUUAAGGAAACUACCCAGGAAGACAUUCAGUUCAGAGUUUGGCUUGCAUACAACACUAAUAAGUUAUUUCAUAGUUAUAUUUCAAUGGUCAGUUAUAAUUUCCCUUCUGUCAGUGCCUAAGUCUUCCUUGCUCUUCUUACUCAGGACCUGGGCUCUAGGAACUCAGUGCACUAUAGUGAUUCUGCGCCCUAGGGUCCUUAACCUAGUAAAGAGGGACUUAGUCACUGGGAAGAACCUGGCUUUCCGAGGGGGCCAUUGUCUACUUAUGGUGGUUUGAAGACAUUCAGGGAGUAUAAUAGUAAAUUUGUACAGAAAAUCUGAUGCAAAGAAUUUUGCCUUGUAAAAGUAUCUGUAAAAACGGCCCUUUACAAUCAAGUAGAUAAUGGCAUCUAAAAGAGAUAAGCCACAAGUGCAGCACAUGUUUUUACAUUCUGUUUGAAUAGAAUGCCCAACCUCCACAUUUUAGAAAUAGAGGCUCCCUAAAACAUAGCGCUAAUGGGCAAAAAAACAAACAAAAAUCACUGAUUUGGGUCACUAAGUUCUUUCUUAAAUGUCUCCUAGAUUUUUAAUAUAUGUUUUGAGGUUUUAUGGUUAUUGCUGUUUUAGACAAACUUUUGGUCAUCUGUGUCAAUCUACUGUAGAUACAUUUUUGUUUUAUAGCUUAAUUGCGAUAAAAUAGUAUUUUGUCUUUUAAAAUAAGUUUCCUAAAGCUUACAGAAUUUGACGUAUCUUGAGGUAAAAAACUUUUUUUAACUUAGUAGGACAUUAACAAACUACUGCUGAUGUAUUUCAGUUUCUAAAAUGUAUACUCUCCUUAAAAAUGGGAAUUAAGAUGUGAUAGUUUCAGUAUAGCCUUGAAUUAUAAAAUGUAGAGUCUGGAGUUUGUGAAGGGGCCUAGAUAAUAAAUAGAUAGCCUUGGAGGGUAAUUUUUUGGGAAUUAAACUAGUAGUAUUCUAAUUCAUCAGUAUUUAAUUUUCAUUUUUAUUUUUCAGAAAACUCCCCUACCCCAAAAUGACCUUUUGGGUUAGUUUGAACUAGGAUGUUCUUGGGUUAUUACAGUGGUAUAGGUCUGAGAUAAAAAUUAACCUAAUUUUAAAGUCAAUCUAUAUGAAAAUUUCCUUAGAUACGAGAACUUUUAAAUUAUGCUUUUGUGAAUUAACUAUCUCCUAAGGAAGUAUCUUACGCAGGAUUAACAUUUGUUAUUAGUCUUCUGGUUUUUGAAGUUGAGAUUGUUCUGCCCCAGUCACAUUAAAACGGGUAAAGUAACAAUUGUCUCAAUGAAAGACCCAAACUGUCUCUGCAGAUCGAAGGCACAGUGAUUGUCUUCUCGUUUUAUGUCAGAAUAAAAGUAUGACUUUAGUUAAACUGUUAGUAAAUUUUCAGUGACCUCUAAUUUCAGAAAGCUUAAGUAUGGACUAGAUAAGUCAUGCCUGAAUUUUUCUUUUAAUAAGUAUGGCCCCUUUUUAGAUUAUAAAUAGGAUUCAAUAUUUAAUGUUAACAAUAUUAUAUUUUAGUGAAAUUUAUUUUGGUUGUGACAGUUUAUUAAGCUGAAUUAGAUUUAUUUCAGUAGGCUUAUUAGAGACAAUCUCAAGGGCUGGAAAGUGUUGUUAAAAUGGAUAGUGUACAUUUCUGACUUAUUAAUGCGCUUAUAAAUUAAUAUUAUAGUUCAAUACUUAUUACUAGGAAUCUCUUAGAGGAUAUUUUUAAAGGAACUAGUUUAUUGGGAAAAUAUUCUUUCACUAUCAUGAAUAGUUCAGUGAACAACAUAGCAGCUGAGAACUUGGACUGUAUUUUUUCAUAGCAUACUUCACCUCGGGCAUACCUUAGUUUGGAUUAUUGGCAUUCUCUUAUGUAGAUUUCUGUCCUUGUAGAUACGUAAUUACGGUAAUAAGCAAUUCUCAUAACCUUGCUCACUCAGACCGUAUCAUUUGAAACUGCCAGCUAUAGGUCUCAAAAUCAAAGUUAAUUGAUUUCGUUUCCAUUUUUAACAGUUCUUUUCAGUGUUCACAAAACAAGAAAAACUAUAAUAUUAUUUGGUAUAAAGAGUAUAAUUACCAAUUUUACCCCAAAAUGCCAUGGUGGUAUGUUGCUGUAUGAUAAUAUUAUGCAUUUAAUCAUGAAGGGGAACGAUUUUGGAUUUUUUUAUUUUUUUCUUAUUUAAAAAAGUGUUGAGUGUAUUAAGAAUGUAUUAUUGAUAGUUUAAAAUCCAUAAGUCAUUAACAACACUAUUGCAGCUGCAUACAGAGAGAACCUUUGUGCCUUUUUGCCUGCAGUAAGCAUUCAUUUCUGUUUUACAUGUGCUAUAAGAAUGUUGACGAUUAUUGCACCUUGUUCUUCUGUAAAUAGACUGAUUAAGAAAUUUUUUAAAGCAAGGAGCAGUUUUUCAUUACUAGGUAGAUAACUUAGUAAACAUGAGAGGAGAUAUCAGAUAUAUGUCUUUGGAGCCCAGCCUUUUCCCUGUAUAGUGAGCAGGAAGCCUUUGGAAUGUCAUCUGUGUGUGUAUAUGUGUGUACAUAUAUGUAUAAAUAGCUAUUUAAAUACAUAGAUAUGAAAUUCAGCAUCACAUUGAUGUGAUGAUAAGAAGUACUAAGGUGCUAGGUGGUUCCAUGAAAAGCACAGCAGAGUGUGUAAUCAGUCACUGUGACUGGUUUGUAAACUUAGGUUCAGUUUGAACCACCCAAAAUACCUCACGUGUAAAUAAAUACAGUGGUCAUGACUUAAUUGAAAUACAGUUAUUGUAAAAACAAUGUGAAGCCACUGGUUGGCUUAUGCCUUCUAAUCUCAUUCUUGCCUCUUUUUUUGUAAAGGGGUUGUUUUUUGCUUUUGUUUUUUAGUAGGGUUUACAGCUAGAAUUUGGAAUGCCAAAGUUCUAUUUAUUAAAUUUAAGAAAAAGUUUUCAAUGUUAAUGGCUAAGUAUUUUUCCACUGGACUAUUGUUUGUUGAUGUUGGAAUUUGUAUUUACAGAGAAAUAAAUUUUUUAUAAAACAA